CUCUCCAUAUCAUUUUAGUUUAUAUUUCAACAUGGUAUCAGAGACUUCCAUUUUAGUUUAGUUUUUUAGAUUUCAAUUUAAGUUUCAGACUGGAUUCUUUCUUCAAGAACCUGAGUUCAGUCUUCAGAUAAUUCAGAACCUUCAGACACCAGUCUGUCUCCAAAUUCUUUCUUCAGGAAUUUCAGAUUUUUUACUUUUCCCAGAUUCUUCAGAACCUCUAGGCAUCAGUCUAAUUUUCCAGAAAAUAAAUUAGCCUGAGCCAAUUUCCCAGAAAAUUUCUUCGCAUACAGUCUGCCCACCAGAAAGUUUCGGAUCACACAUUUCAUCAUCACCGUACCCAGGUGGUGCGGGUGCCUCCGACGACCCAGAAACCAAAGUCUGACACCCAGACUAUACGCGAGUAAUCCGCACGCGCCGCCACAGCUCGGUGAUCUCAACUCAUGCGCCGGCGCGUGACGUGUAAUCGCCGGCCAGAUUUUCGAUCGGAUCCAUCACCACUCUCGCCGUCGUAUCCUCUACCGCACGUGCUUCCUAUUUCCAGGUAUCCUUAGUUUUAAUUUUGGAGGUCUCACUCGUACUUGGACAAAAUCCCGUGGGUGCUUCAUAGCAAGGGUGAAACCUGCUAAUCUGGAGUGGCUGCUUGAACGUGGACCCUGUGAGGCUCCUUACCUCCUUGUACGUUCUUUCCCAGGCUGUCUAUUUCAGUUGGGGUGUGAUUGUUCAGCAACCAACGUACGCCUACGAUUGGUUCUUGUACUUAUGUAAGUUUAGGCCUACGAAUAUUAUUCCAGUCACCCUAAUUUACUUGAUACCUUAAUUCUGCACAACACACAAAAAAAAAAGAAAAAAAAAACCAAAAAAAAAAGUUUCGUAGAGGUCAAUUUGACAGAGGAGUAAUAUGCAAUUACUGCAAGAAGCCCAGACACUUGAUCAAAGAAUGUAGAAAAUUGCUAUUCAAAAAUCAAGGAAAUCAACUUGCUCAUGUCGCUUCCGCUACCAGUUCCUCUGAUGGAUCAAUUGCUAUUUCUGUAGACGAGUAUGCCAAAUUUAUUUGCUACCAAGAAUCUCUAAAGCAUUCCUCUGUCCCUAUCUCGGUAGUUGCUAAUUCAGGUAUUUCAAACACAUGUCUUGUUUCAUCAUCCUCGAAAUGGGUCAUUGACUCAGGUGCCACAGAUCAUAUGACCGGUAAUCCUAGUCUAUUCUCAUCAUUUCAUUCAUAUUUACCUACUUCUAGUGUCACUUUAGCUGACGGGUCUACCUCACUCGUCCUUGGAUCCGGUACUGUUGUCCCAACUUCUACAUUACCAUUAUCACCUGUUUUGAGUCUUCCAAAUUUUGCGUUUAAUCUGCUUUCCAUCAGUAAAAUCACGCGCACUCUAAAUUGUUCGGUAACAUUUUUUCCUGGAUACUGUGUGUUUCAGGAUCUGUUAACGAAGCAGACUAUUGGUAAAGGACAUGAGUCGGCUGGCCUUUAUAUUUUGGAUACAUCAAUAACAAAAGGUAUCUCUUGUCUCGGGGUUGGAACUUUGUUAGAGGCUCAUUACCGACUAGGACACCCAUCUCUCACACUUAAGAAACAAAUAUAUCCUCAGUUUAAUAAGGUGUCAUCUAUACAAUGUGAGUCAUGUGAAUUUGCAAAACAUCAUCGCACUAGUUUAAGUCCCCGACUUAAUAAACGAGCAAAUGCUCCAUUUGAUCUUGUCCAUACUGAUGUUUGGGGGGCAUGUCCGGUUGUGUCCAAAUCUGGUUUCAAAUACUUUGUUACUUUUGUUGACGAUUAUUCUCGUAUGACAUGAUUAUAUCUUAUGAAGCGUCGAUCCGAGUUAUUUACUCAUUUCUCUGCAUUUUGUGCUGAAAUUAAAACUCAAUUUAAUGUUCCUGUUCGUGUGUUAAGGGGAGACAAUGCUCAAGAAUAUCUAUCUGCUCCAUUUAAAUCUUUUAUGCUUCAACAUGGCAUUAUUCAUCAAACUUCAUGCGUAGACACACCUCCUCAAAAUGGAGCUGCUGAAAGAAAGAAUAGACAUAUGUUAGAUACUGCACGAGCUCUUCUAUUCCAAAUGAAUGUGCCUAAACAGUUUUGGGCUAAUGCUGUGUCUACUUCAUGUUUUUUGAUCAAUCGUAUGCCAUCUUCUGUUUUGGAGGGUAAAACUCCUUAUCAAUGCCUUUUUCCAAAUAAAGAACUUUUUCCCAUUCCACCUAAAAUAUUUGGUUGCACUUGUUUUGUUAGAGAUGUUAACCCUCAUCGCACGAAGUUGGAUCCCAAAUCAUUGAAAUGUAUUUUCUUAGGUUAUUCUCGAGUUCAAAAGGGGUAUAGAUGUUUUUGUCCAAGUAUAGGUCGAUAUCUUAUUUCUAUUGAUGUCUCAUUUCAUGAAAAUACACCUUUUUCAUCAUCCAAGACAGAUAUUCAUGAGGACAAUGAUGAAAUACUCAUUUACACAGUUACUAUACCUGAGACCACACCUUCAGUAACUAUGCCGAAUGCCACUGUUCCUGACCCUAGACCUCCUGUACACUUGGUUUACAGCCGUCGACACAAAGCACAAGAUCACUCCCCACCUGUGACACCUGUGAUUACAUAUCCUGAUAGUGGUCCGACUUCGAUCUCAUGUCCUGAACCAGUACCUGCAUCUUCAGAUCUUGUCUCUACAUCUGAUCUUGACCUCCCGAUAGCACUACAUAAAGGUACACGGUCUUGUACUCAUCCUAUUUCCUCAUUUGUGUCAUACAGUCAGUUAUCUCCUGCCUCAUGUUCUUUUGUUGCUUCCAUUGAUUCUAUUUCUGUUCCCAAAUCUGUUAAAGAAGCUUUGUCUCAUCCUGAAUGGCGUCAUGCCAUGGUAGAGGAAAUGAAUGCUUUGGAUCUUAAUGGUACUUGGGAUUUGGUAGACUUGCCUUCAAGGAAGAAAUCUAUUGGAUGUUACUUAUCUCACUCGCUGCAACUCAUGAUUGGCACUUACACCAGUUGGACAUUACAAAUGCAUUCUUGCAUGGUGACCUUCAGGAGGAAGUUUAUAUUGAGCAACCUCCGGGAUUUGUUGCUCAGGGGGAGUAUGGGAAAGUUUGUCGACUUCGCAAAUCUCUUUAUGGUCUGAAACAGAGUCCUCGUGCAUGGUUUGGGAAAUUCAAUCAAUCCAUUGAACGGUUUGGAAUGAUAAAAGGUCAAUCAGAUCACUCUAUCUUUUACAGAAAAACGAAAGUGGGUAUCACAUUGCUUGUGGUGUAUGUCGAUGAUAUUGUGAUUACAGGAAGUGAUAUUGCAGGUAUUUUGGCUCUUAAGAAUUUUCUUCAUAGCCAAUUCCAAACAAAAGACCUAGGCUCAUUGAAAUACUUUCUGGGUAUUGAGGUAACACGAAGUAAGAAAGGCAUAUUUCUAUCUCAGCGUAAAUAUGUACUUGAUUUACUAACUGAAACAGGGAAAUUGGGAGCAAAGCCAAACACAACUCCCAUGGUUCCCAAUGUGCAACUCACAUCAGAAGGCAUACCAUUCGAAGACCCAGAAAGGUACAGAAGAUUGGUUGGAA